GUCGAGUCUGAGUGGAGUGCUGAUGCCCAACAAGCUCCAGCCCAGGUCGAGUCUGACUGGAGUGUUGAUGCCCAACAAGCUCCAGCCCAACAAGCUCCAGCCCAGGUCGAGUCUGACUGGAGUGUUGAUGCCCAACAAGCUCCAGCCCAGGUCGAGUCUGACUGGCGUCUUGAUGCCCAACAAGCUCCAGCCCAACAAGCUCCAGCCCAGGUCGAGUCUGACUGGAGUGUUGAUGCCCAACAAGCUCCAGCCCAACAAGCUCCAGCCCAGGUCGAGUCUGACUGGAGUCUUGAAGCCCAACAAGCUCCAGCCCAACAAGCUCCAGCCCAGGUCGAGUCUGACUGGAGUCUUGAAGCCCAACAAGCUCCAGCCCAGGUCGAGUCUGACUGGAGUGUGGAUGCCCAACAAGCUCCAGCCCAACAAGCUCCAGCCCAGGUCGAGUCUGACUGGAGUGUUGACGCUCAACAAGCUCCAGCCCACCAAGCUCCAGCCCAGGUUGAGUCUGACUGGAGUGUUGAUGCCCAACAAGCUCCAGCCCAGGUCGAGUCUGACUGGAGUCUUGAUGCCCACCAAGCUCCAGCCCAACAAGCUCCAGCCCAGGUCGAGUCUGACUGGAGUCUUGAAGCCCAACAAGCUCCAGCCCGGGUCGAGUCUGACUGGAGUGUGGAUGCCCAACAAGCUCCAGCCCAACAAGCUCCAGCCCAGGUCGAUUUUGACUGGAGUGUUGAUGCUCAACAAGCUCCAGCCCAGGUCGAGUCUGAAUGGACUGUUGACGCUCAACAAGCUCCAGCCCGCCAAGCUCCAGCCCAGGUCGAGUCUGACUGGAGUGUUGAUGCCCAACAAGCUCCAGCCCAACAAGCUCUAGCCCAGGUCGAGUCUGACUGGAGUGUUGAUGCUCAACAAGCUCCAGCCCAGGUCGAGUCUGACUGGAGUGUUGAUGCACUCCAAGGUCCAGUACCUGCUGUGUCUGACUGGAGUGCGGACAUCCUACAAACUCCAGGCCACACCAAGUCUUUAUUUGAUCCUUGCUCAGACAUCUUUUCCUACUAUGAAGUCGGCAAUAUGCUGGGUCAAGGAGGAUUUGGAGCCGUCUAUGAAGGGAGGCGUGUGAAGGAUGGCCUUGAGGUGGCAGUGAAAUUUGUCAAGAAAACAGAGCAUAUGCACUACAUCAGCUUUCCUGAACCUCUUCCACUGGAGGUAGCUCUUUUAAUCCUCGUAAAUGAAGGCCCCAGAGUUCCCCAGAUAAUCCAGCUGCUGGACUGGAAGGAUGUGGGUGAAUACUGCAUCAUGAUUCUGGAGCGGCCUAUUCCUUGCGAGGACUUGUUUGAUUUUGUGCAGCGCCAUGGAGGAAGAAUCGAUGAGGAGUUGGCUCGGGUUGUCAUGCAGCAGACAACACAAGCCGCUUACAUGAGCUGCCAACGUGGAGUGCUCCACCGAGACAUCAAAAAGGAAAACAUUCUGAUCAACAAGGACACCCUAGAAGUCAAACUAAUUGACUUUGGGUGUGGCGACCUCCUUCAAAGGGCACCCUAUACUACAUUCAGGGGCACACGAAUGUACUGUCCACCCGAAUUCAUAUCAGAGGGCAAGUACCACGGGGAGCCGGCGACGGUAUAUUCAUUGGGAGUGCUCUUGUUCUCGCUGGUAUGCGGGACAUUUCCAGAUAACGCCGACCUGAUUAUGAUCAAUCGGAACCGUUGGUGUAUAGCUGGCUUAUCACUAGAGUGCUGCCAAUUGAUCUGCUCUUGCCUGCAGCGUGAGCCAGCAGAGCGACUCGAUUUGGCCAAGAUUCUGCACCAUGAAUGGUUUAAGGGCUCAGAUAUGAAGAAAUUCGGCAAAUAG